UUGCGGACGACGUGUGCGCGCACUUGACUACAUGUUUGUCCAGAUCACUGCUAAGCUGAGCGUGUCCUAACGCCAUGAUCGUCGCACACAUCACAUUCCAGGUGUUUCAAGCAAUCACUUUAGGAAUUUUUCUAACAUUGAACACCAUUAUACCAAUUACAUUAUCAAAACCGGAUGACAACUAUAGACUUGAAAAGAUAUUCGAAAAUAUCCGUUCAUCUAUUGAUUCAAAAGCUGCUGAAAAUGGUCAUUUUAAAUCAUUUUUAUCUCCAGAUCAAGGAAGAAAACCGAGUAUACAAUUUUCUGAAUUACAAGAAGAUGUUGAUGAACAAAUGUCCGGUUUAGAUUUUAAUUUUGACCAGUCUGCUUAUGACAAAUUCCAUUUGCCUCAAAAACAAUCUGUAAAGCCCAAAUUUGUACUAAACUAUGAACCAUUAAGACCUUCAAAUUAUAUAUCAGCACCGUCUUCACAUUAUUCAGAUUAUCCGUUUAUAAUACCAGAACAUCAAGAUGAUGGAGGUGACAGUGGAGGUGGCGAUGGCGAUGAUGGUGGUGACGAUAUGGGCGGCGGAGGUGGUGGCGGAGGUGGUGGCGGUAGUAAUGGUGGCGGAGGUGGUGGUGGAGGAAACGGAGGAGGUGAUGGAGGAGGAAAUGGAGGCCUCGGAGAUGGUAAUGAUGGACGGUUCACUGAACACCAAUCCUUUGAACAAGAUUACGACAAUUUUGAGCCUCAUAACGUUCCUGGUUACGGCACAAAUCAAUUACCAGCAACUUCUAAUAGUUACCAGAAGCCAUUUACACAUCGAUCAGCGUAUAAAAAAAAGCAGCCAUAUCGAUUUGCUGAUGAUGAUUAUACGCAAAGAUUAGUUGAAAAUAAACGACCUUUAAGGGUAUUUGAUAAUGAUGAUGAUGAUGUACAACCAUUAAAAUUACGCGGAAAUAGCAGAAGACCUUUAAGGUUAAAUGAAGAAAAAAGACGCCUUUACAAUCAAGACGAUUUCCUACUAAAAAGCGACAAGUGUGUCAGAAAUUGA